GUUAUAAAAAAACCAGGGGUGAAAUACCAGAGACAUACAGAGAUUAAGUAUUCAGUAAGACAACAUGGCUCCCACAGGUAUCCUCACCCUGACGGCCGUCCUCCUCUGCUUCAUGCUGGGCAUAUUCGGUCCAGCUCCAGCUGCCCUGGGUGCUCGUAGACCAGCCUGUUGCACAAAAUACACCAGAAAGCCGUUGGACUUCCAGGUGAUAAGGGGCUACAGAGAACAAAAUGACACGGAGGUCUGCCGCAUCAAGGCGAUCAUUUUCUUCACAGCGAGCAGGGCUAAGGUUUGUGCAGAUCCAAAGGCUGACUGGGUGAAGGAAGCUCUGAAAUUCCUCAGUUUCAAACUGGAGAAGAUGUCCAAAACUGGCCCAGCAGCAAGUGGAAAUCCAAAAAGUGAAAGUGAUUCUUUCUACAAUGAAACCGAGCCCUUCCUCAACGACACCGACAUCUUUAAUUAGCCAAAACCAGGUUGUUGCAGCAAUGCCAAUUUGAUGGAAUGUUUAAGAAUAUUAUCUCUAAACAAGAGAUAUUGCUUUUUACUUUUACAGCUUCGACCCUAAUACUCCCUCAUCAAGACUUCAGGGCAACCUAACAGCUUUAAGGAAACUCAUGUAGACUCGCUUAGAGAACGCUUAUAAUGAGUAUCUAUGAUUUUAAAAUCUUCUUGUUUUUUUAAUUACCCUGGUUUGUUUCCUGCUAUAGUUCUGCUGCUUAAUGAAGUUAAUGCGCUGAAAGAUAGAUAUUAUCGGGAUUCUAAUAAAUAAAUGAACUCCAA